CUAGAGUGGAGCCGGAGCGCGUGAUUGAUCGUUUCCAGUGUAGCCAGUCCUCGCCGCAUUCCAGUCGCGCCUCGGAACAGGAUAUAUCUCGAGUUUGGGAAUUUAACUGUGAGUAGGACAUGCAAUGCAAGGAUCCCUCGGAUGUGACACCUGGACGCAGAAUUGAGGCCAAUGUUGAAGUUGAGGACUGUUUUGAGAAAAGGCAAGGAAAGCUGGAUCAGUAAAGUUUUUUUGUCUCCCUUUCUUGUUUGCUGACUUAAUUUGAAAGUCCCGACUGAAGACAAAUAACGUGGACCAACACAGCCUUUACUUGCGAGGACCAGUGCAGAUAUGUGGCCUCCCCAGGGGCCGCAUUGCGUUAUUCGCCAAGGAACGGUAGUGCUCCUUGGGCUGCUUACUAUCUACAUAUCUCUUCCCCUUUCGGAAGGAGCUCCAGAACAAUUUAAGUUCUUCUCACCCCCAGACUGGGGUCUGACGCAUUUAGCCAUCCAUAACAAGACAGGAGAUGUGUAUGUUGGCGCGGUAAACUGGAUCUACAAGCUCUCUAGCAACUUAACCAAGUUGAGGAGUCAUAUGACUGGUCCAGUGUUGGACAACGAGAAGUGCUAUCCACCUCCAAGUGUACAGUUAUGCCCCUAUGACCUUGCCCCAAACAACAAUGUGAACAAGCUUCUGCUAGUAGACUAUUCCCAAAACCGCCUCAUUGCUUGUGGAAGCACCUCGCAAGGCAUUUGUCAGUUUUUACGCCUGGUUGAUCUUUUCAAGCUUGGCGAACCACACCACCGUAAGGAGCACUACCUCUCCAGUGUCGUUGAGUCUGGAACAAUGUCCGGGGUCAUCAUCUCGGGGGGUCACUCUAGCAAGCUUUUCAUCGGAACGCCCAUCGAUGGAAAAUCAGAGUACUUCCCAACCCUUUCCAGCCGUAAGUUGAUGGCUAGUGAGGAGGAUGCUGACAUGUUCAGUUUCGUCCACCAGGAUGAGUUUGUCUCUUCCCAGCUGAAGAUUCCCUCUGAUACAUUGUCCAAAUUCCCAGCGUUUGACAUCUAUUACAUGUACAGCUUUAACAGUGAACAGUUUGUCUACUACUUGACCCUGCAGCUGGAUACUCAACUAACUUCUCCUGACGCUAGCGGAGAACAGUUCUUCACCUCUAAGAUCGUCCGACUCUGUAUUGAUGACCCCAGGUUCUACUCCUAUGUGGAAUUCCCUAUCGGAUGCACCAAAGAUGGGGUGGAAUAUCGAUUGAUCCAGGAUGCCUUCUUGAGCAAACCUGGGAGGCAGCUUGCAAACUCUCUGGGAGUGUCCGAGCAGGAGGACAUAUUGUUUACGGUCUUCUCUCAAGGUCAGAAGAACCGGGCCAAGCCUCCUAAAGAGACGGCACUUUGUUUGUUUACUCUAACAAGAAUCAAGGAAAAGAUCAAGGAAAGGAUUCAGUCAUGUUAUAGAGGAGAGGGCAAGCUGUCCUUGCCUUGGCUACUCAACAAGGAGCUACCAUGCAUCAACUCGCCUCUACAGAUCGAAGAUAAUUUCUGCGGGCAGGAUUUUAACCAGCCUCUAGGGGGCACCAGCACUAUCGAGGGCAUUCCACUCUUCAUAGACAAAGAUGACGGAUUGACUUCGGUCGCUGCGUACGAUUACCGCGGCAACACCGUGGUUUUUGCUGGAACUCGUAACGGCCGAAUGAAGAAGAUUCUGAUUAAUUCGGUGAGUCCGUCCAGACCUGCGCUGCUGUACGAGAAUAUUCCCGUGAGUGAGGGAGGCCCGGUUCUACGAGACAUGCUGUUCAGCCCCGACCUACAGUUCAUAUACACACUGACCGACAAACAGGUGACACGUGUGCCGGUGGAGAGCUGUUCUCAGUACACAACAUGUUCUGAAUGUUUGAGCUCCAGAGACCCACACUGCGGCUGGUGUGUCCUUAACAACAUUUGUUCUCGUCGUGACCGCUGUGAGAGGGCCGAUGAACCCCAGAGAUUCGCUUCAAGAGUGGAUCAAUGUGUGGAACUCACCGUCCAACCCAACAACAUCUCCGUCACCAUGACUGAUGUCGAGCUGGCUCUUCAUGCCCGGAACGUGCCGGAUCUUUCCAAAGGAGUGGACUGCUCCUUUGAGGAUUACACAGAGACUGAGGGAACAAUACAGGGGUCACGAAUAUACUGCCGCUCACCAUCAGCCAAAGAACUCAUCCCAAUCACACGGCAACAGAAGGACACUCAUGUGGUGAAGCUCUAUCUGAAAUCAAGGGAAACGGGGCAGAAAUUCGCCAGCGUGGAUUUCACCUUCUACAACUGCAGCAUCCACAGAUCGUGUUUGUCAUGUGUGAACGGCUCCUUCCCGUGUCACUGGUGUAAAUACCGGCAUUUGUGCACUCAGAAUGCUAACGACUGCUCUUUCCAGGAGGGACGUGUCAACAUGUCAGAGGAUUGUCCUCAGAUUCUGCAGUCCACUCAGAUUUACAUUCCCGUCGGUGUUCCCAAGCCGAUCACGCUGUCUGCCCGGAACCUUCCGCAGCCUCAGUCUGGUCAGGGGAACUACGAGUGCAUCUUCCACAUCCAGGGCGAAACACAAAGCGUGAUGGCGCUGCGAUUUAACAGCUCCAGUAUACAGUGCCAGAGAUCUACAUAUAACUAUGAAGGAAGUGACAUCAGCGAUCUUCCUGUUGGUCUGUCUGUGGUGUGGAACGAAAACUUCAUCAUCGACAACCCGCACAACAUACAAGCUCACCUGUACAAGUGUUAUGCAUUGAGGGAGAGCUGCGGUUUGUGUCUGAAGUCUGACCCGAGCUUCGAGUGUGGAUGGUGUGUUCAAGACAGGAAGUGCUCUCUCCGACAGGAAUGCGCUCAACCGGAGCACACGUGGAUGCACGCUACAGCUGGCAACAGCCGCUGCACAAACCCCCGCAUCACCAAAUUGACUCCUGAGACCGGUCCACGACAGGGCGGAACCAGACUCACCAUCACCGGAGAGAAUCUGGGCCUCCAGUUCAAAGACAUCCAGAACGGAGUCCGGAUCGGAAAAGUGGCCUGUCAGCCAAUAGAAGAGGAAUAUAUCAGCGCUGAACAGAUUGUAUGUCGAUUGGCCGAUGCCACAGGUUAUCGUGUGCAGGAAGCUCAGGUUGAAGUGUGUGUUCGUGACUGUCUCGCUGACUACAGGGCUGUGUCACCUAAAGCCUUCACAUUUGUGUCUCCAUAUUUCACUCGUGUAAUGCCAUCCUACGGUCCAAUUUCUGGCGGCACAAGAAUCACGAUUCACGGCAGUCAUCUGAACGCGGGCAGCGCCGUCUCUAUCAAGAUCGGACUCAAUACUUGCCGCUUUGAGAGACGCAGUGCCCGUGAGAUCGUGUGUGUGACUCCAGCGGGUUUGGGUCCAGGUGGAACUCCAGUGAUGGUGGAUAUAAAUGCGGCGGAACUGAGAAACCCAGAGGUGAAGUUUAACUACACCGACGACCCAACUAUACUGAAGAUUGAACCAGACUGGAGCAUCGGCAGCGGUGGAACGCCAGUAACGGUCACCGGAACGAACCUCGCAACCGUCAGAGAGCCAAAGAUGAGAGCCAAAUAUGGCAGCGUCAGAUCUGUGAAUAACUGUACGGUGGUGAAUAACACGGUGAUGGUGUGUCUGGUUCCUUCUGUGGUGGGAUCAGAGAGGGGGUUCUCAGAGGUGGGCAGCAGUCCAGAUGAGAUCGGCUUUAUCAUGGAUAACGUUCAGAUGCUGCUGGUGGUUAAUGAGACCUUCAGUUUCUAUCCUGACCCUGUGUUUGAACCCCUGAGUCCAUCCAUGCUGGAGCUCAAACCAGGUUCUCCACUUAUACUGAAGGGCAAGAAUCUCAUUCCUUCAGCACCUGCAAACUACAGGUUGAACUACACCGUUCUGAUUGGUGACAAACCGUGUGUGUUGACCGUCUCCGAGACUCAACUGCUCUGUGAAUGGCCAAAUCUCACCGGACAACAUAAAGUCACCGUCUUGGCUGGAGGUUUCCGGUAUUCUCCGGGAACUCUUCAGAUGUACUCUGACAGCCUCCUGACUCUUCCUGCUAUCAUCGGUAUCGGGGGAGGAGGGGGUCUUUUACUCCUUGUCAUCAUCUUUAUCCUCAUCGCGUACAAACGAAAAUCCCGCGACGCCGACCGAACGCUUAAACGUCUGCAGCUACAGAUGCACAACCUAGAGUCCAGAGUCGCGCUGGAGUGUAAAGAAGCAUUUGCAGAGUUGCAGACUGAUAUCCAUGAGUUGACUCAGGAUCUGGAUGGUACUGGAAUUCCGUUUCUGGAUUAUCGUACAUAUGCGAUGAGAGUUCUGUUCCCUGGAAUUGAGGACCACCCUGUUUUGAAGGAGAUGGAGGUGCCAGCGAACGUGGAGAAAUCUCUGACUCUGUUCGGCCAGCUCUUGAAUAAGAAGCAUUUCCUGUUGACGUUUAUCCGGACGCUAGAAGCGCAGCGCUCGUUUUCCAUGCGUGACCGCGGGAACGUGGCAUCGCUCAUCAUGAGCGCCCUGCAGGGGGAGAUGGAGUAUGCCACAGGCGUCCUGAAGCAACUGCUGUCCGAUCUCAUCGACAAAAAUCUGGAGAGCAAGAACCACCCUAAACUCCUGCUCAGACGGACGGAAUCAGUGGCGGAAAAGAUGCUAACAAACUGGUUUACCUUCCUCCUCUAUAAGUUUCUUAAGGAGUGUGCAGGUGAGCCUCUCUUCAUGCUGUAUUGUGCUAUAAAGCAGCAGAUGGAGAAGGGCCCCAUAGACUCAAUCACCGGUGAGGCCCGAUACUCCCUCAGCGAGGACAAACUGAUCCGACAACAGAUCGACUACAAAACUCUGUCGCUCCAUUGUGUGAACCCGGAGAGUGAAAACGCUUCAGAGGUGACCGUUAAAUGCCUGAACUGUGACACCGUCACGCAGGUCAAAGAAAAAAUACUGGAUGCCCUGUUUAAAGGAAUACCGUACUCGCAAAGACCCAAAGUUGGAGACAUGGACCUCGAGUGGCGUCAGGGUCGUUUGGCUCGAAUCAUUCUGCAGGAUGAGGACGUCACCACGAAGAUCGACAACGAUUGGAAACGACUCAACACACUGGCACACUAUCAGGUAACAGAUGGGUCAGUGAUCGCAUUGGUCCCCAAACAAAACUCUGCCUACAACAUCUCCAACUCCUCAACAUUCACCAAAUCCCUCAGCAGAUAUGAGAGUAUGCUGAGAACGGCAAGCAGUCCGGACAGUCUUCGCUCUCGGACGCCCAUGAUCACGCCGGACCUGGAGAGCGGAACCAAACUCUGGCACCUGGUGAAAAACCACGAUCACCCAGACCAGCGAGAGGGAGACCGCGGCAGCAAGAUGGUCUCUGAGAUCUACCUGACACGUCUGCUCGCCACCAAGGGUACUUUGCAGAAGUUUGUAGACGACCUGUUUGAGACCAUCUUCAGCACGGCCCACCGAGGCAGCGCACUUCCUCUCGCUAUCAAAUACAUGUUUGACUUUUUAGACGAACAGGCGGACAGACACGUGAUAUCAGACCCAGACGUCAGACACACCUGGAAGAGCAACUGUUUACCGUUGAGGUUUUGGGUGAAUGUGAUCAAGAAUCCUCAGUUUGUGUUUGACAUCCAUAAGAACAGUAUUACAGAUGCGUGCUUGUCUGUGGUCGCUCAGACGUUCAUGGACUCGUGCUCCACUUCAGAACACAAACUGGGCAAAGACUCACCCUCCAACAAGCUGCUGUACGCUAAAGACAUCCCCAACUACAAGAACUGGGUGGAGAGGUAUUACUCUGAUAUCUCGCGGAUGCCGGCGAUUAGCGACCAGGAUAUGAGCGCGUAUCUCGCCGAACAGUCGCGCAUGCAUUUAAAUCAGUUCAACAGUAUGAGCGCGCUGCAUGAGAUCUUCUCCUACAUCACCAAAUAUAAGGACGAGAUCCUGUCUGCGCUGGAGAGAGAUGAGCAGUCACGCAGACAGAGACUGCGCUCUAAACUCGAGCAGGUGAUUGACACGAUGGCUCUACCCAGCUGAUCGGGACUGUAACACGCUGCAAACGAGCACACACACACACACACACACACACACACACACACAAACACACACCUGCCUCUACACUCUUGCUGCGUCAAACACACUGCGAUGGACAGCAGUACAUUCGAGCGCCCGCAGAGCGGGACUACACGCACUCAUCGGUGUGAAUGUAUGUGUGAUUUUACAAAAGGACAAAACCACAACGAUGAAUGUAGGUGGUGUUGAUUUCGAUUUUUUGAUGAUUUGUGGGAGUGACGUUGAAUGCUAAACGUCUUCACACAAGGACAAAGAUGCUAUUUUGUGUUUUGAAGAGACAAUGAGGACAUUUAGGACCUCCAUGAAGUCAUGUGACCGUGUCACGAGCCAGUGAUCGUGAGGGAUCAAACGACCCUUCGAAAUUGAUUGCGUGCUUACUAUUGUUUGUUUGUUUAUUAUUAUUUUGUACAAAUGUUCUGAACUGCCCACUCUCUGCUCUCUUGAACCCUUGUGUUAACGCUGACUUUGCACAGUUUACAGAAUCAACGAGCGACUCAUGAGAUCUCGUUCUUAUGCGUUUCAUUUACAGUCGCGCGAACUCAACGUUAUGUCUGUUUUAUCAUUGAAAUGCAAUAGUGUUGACAGAUUCAUUUGACAUGAAACAAAAUGACAAAAAAGGAUAAAAACUGCAAAAAAAAGGUCUAAAUAAAAAACUUGUCUUGUGCCGUGUUUUAUUUGAAUGUUGUUUAAUAUUGUUGUUUUGUUUUGUAUAAUUUUUUGUUUUAAAAGAAAAAAAAAUGUGAUGUAUUAAAUGCAAAGAGCAAACAUGCCAGAUAAGAAAUACGGAUGAAUUUCAUGAAACAUGUCAAGAACUUGACCAGGUCAUAUUUCACCUCAAAAUCAAAAGAAAAAUACGAAAUUCUGGGAACGUUUGACGGUAAGGUUUUAUUUAACAUUAGUAAACGCUUUAUGUAUCAUAAACUAACAGUGAACAGUAUAUUUCUACUUUAUCUAUUAAUCAUGUUAAUGUUCAUUUAUAUAUAUAUAUAUAUAUAAUCAUUAGGUAAUAAUGCAUUAACUUUAAUGAAGUUUUAAUAAAAAAAAAAGUUUUAAUAUAUGUUUAAAUUAACUAAGAUUAUUUAAUGCAGUGCAAGAAAACUGAAAAAAAAAAUGUUUUGCUUAUGUUGCCAGAAAUUUACCAUUUACGGGAUGUAAUUUUGAUGCCCGCAUAUUUUACAGUUCACUACCGUUUAUACUAUAAAAUAAUAUAAACAUGAUAUAUAAACUGUAUGGGACUAUAAAAGUCACUUUUCACUUUAAAAGUUAUUUUUAAUCUCUGUAAUAACUACAAAAAGUCACAAAUUGACUUAAAAUUCAACUAGAGAGAAAUAAUUAAUACACGUGUGACUAAAAUAAUGCAAUAAACAUGAACUAAACUACAUUAAAUAUAACAAAACUCCCCCGUGAACAAACAAACAUAACUGCAUACAUCAUACAAUGAAAUGUGAUGGGUCAAGUACGGACUUCUGGGAACACCAAAUAGUUUUUACUGUAAUUUUAACAAUAGUUUACUGUAAAAAAAAUAAAUAAUAAUAAUAAUAAUACAUGUAUUAUCUUGUUAAACAUGAUAUACAUUUUUUUAAUUAAUUUAACUGUAAAAUCAUACUUUUUAAUUUAAAAAACCUAAAUUUUACCGUAAAAUCACUUGUAUCAUCUUGUUAAAUAUUAGCGUGUUUUGUUUCCUGUAGCAUUUUUACAUUCUUUUACCGAUAACAGUUUUACAGUGCAUUAGUUCAUGUUAAUUAAUGUAGGUAACUCAUUUGAACAAAUACAGCCCUAUUGUAAAGUGUUUAUGAAAAAACAAUUUGGAUAAAGAAAAUGAAGCCAAAUUUUUAGGACUAAUUAUAUAUAUAUAUUCACAUUUUAUGUUGCAGGCUUCUGCUAAAAUGCUAAAAAUUAUUUAUUUCGCAUCAAUCUAUACCCCAUAAUGACAAAGUAAAAAACAGAUUUUUUAUAACUUUUUUAUAACAUUUAUAAAAAUGCAAAUUUAUAAGAAGUAAAAAGGAAAUAUCACAUUGGCAUAAGUAUUCAGACCCUUAACUCAGUACUCAGUUGAAGCACCUUUGGCAUCGAUUACAGACUCAAGUCUGUAAUUGGGUUUGAUGCGACAGGCUUAGCACACCUGGAUUUGGGGAUUUUCUGGCAUUCUUCUCUGCAGAUCCUCUCAAGCUCCAUCAAGUUGGAUGGGGACCGUUGGUGGACAGCCAUUUUCAAGUCUCUCCAGAGAUGUUCGAUUGGAUUCAAUCCGGGCUCUGGCUGGGCCACUCGAGGACAUUCACAGAGUUGUCCCGAAGCCACUCUUGUGUUAUCUUGGCUGUGUGCUUAUGGUCGUUGUCCUUUUGGAAGGUGAACCUGUAGCCCAGUCUGAGGUCCUGAGAGCUCUGGAGCAGGUUUUCAUUAACGAUAUCUCUGUAUUUUGCUACGUACCGCUUUCCUUCAACCCUGUCCAGUUCCUGCCGCUGAAAACCCCCCACAGCAUGAUGCUUCACUGUUAGGAUUAUAUUGCACAGGUGAUCAGAGGUGCCUGGUUUCCUCCAGACAUGAUGCUUGGAACUGAGGCCAAACAGUUCAAUCUUCAUUUCAUCAGAUCAGCUCAGAGUAUCUUGUUUAUUACAGUCUGAGAGUCCUUUAGGAUGUGUCUUGCACUGAGGAGAGGCUUCCGUCUGGACAUUCUGUCAUAAAGUCCAGAUCUGUGAAGAGUUGCAGUGAUGAUCGUCCUUCUGCAAGCUUCUCUCAUCUCCACACAUGAUCUCUGGAGCUCAACCAGAGUAACCAUCGGGUUCUUUGUCACCUUUCUCAUCAAGGCCCUUCUCCCCCGAUUGCUCAGUUUGGAUGGGCAGCCAGCUCGAGGAAGAGUUCUGGUUGUUCCAAACUUCUUCCAUUUAAGAAUUAUGGAGGUCGCUGUGCUCUUGAACUUUUUUGUAGACUUCCUCAGAUCAGUGCCUCAGCACAAUCCUGUCUCUGAGCUCUGCAGGCAGUUCCUUUGACCUCAUGGCUUGGUUUUUGCUCUGAUAUGCAUUUUCAGCUGUGAGAUCUUAUAUAGACGUGUGUCUUUCCAAAUCAUGUCCAAUAACUUGAAUUUGCCACAUAUGGACUCCAAUCAAAGUGUAGAAACAUCUCAAAGAUGAUCCAGAGAAAUGGGAUGCACCUGAGCUCAAUUUCAAGUGUCAUAGCAAAGGGUCUGAAUACUUAUUUCAAUGAGAUAUAUCAGUUUUUUAUUUUUAAUAAAUGUACAAAUGUAUCAAAAAUCUGUUUUUUGCUUAGUCAUUAUGGGGUAUGGAGUGUAGAUUGACUGUGUAAGCUAAUAUACACUCUCUGUCUGUCUGUCUCUGUGUGUGUGUGUGUGUGUGUGUGUGUGUGUGUGUGUGUGUGUGUGUGUGUGUGUGUGUGUGUGUGUGUGUGUGUGUGUGUGUGUGUGUGUGUGUGAGCGUGUAUUUAUCACUUUGUGGGGACCAAAUGUCCCCAUAAGGAUAGUAAAACCCGAAAUUUUUGACCUUGUGGGGACAUUUUGUCGGUCCCCAUGAGGAAAACAGCUUAUAAAUCAUACUAAAUUAUGUUUUUUGAAAAUGUAAAAAUGCAGAAAGUUUUCUGUGAGGGUUAGGUUUAGGGGUAGGGUUAGGUUUAGGGGAUAGAAUAUAAAGUUUGUACAGUAUAAAAACCAUUAUGUCUAUGGAAAGUCCCCAUAAAACAUGGAAACACAACAUGUGUGUGUGUGUGUGUGUGUGUGUACCGUUGAUUUAAAGAAAAAAUCACUGUAUACCUUUUUUUUUAAUCAAUUACUCUUAAGUUAUAAAAAAUCUACGUAAAAGUAAAACAUAUGGACAAAACUUUUGAAGGCAACUGCACUCAAUUAUCAUUUAACCCUUUCUCAGGCCAGCGAGAGACAUUUUUUUUAUAUUUCAAUAUUAAUAACAACUGUCUUGACCUACACAAAAUGUGUCGUUUGAAAGUUUAGAAGCUCUUCUUUACAAUGCAUGUAGACAUUAUGACCAAAACUGAACAAGUGCUUUGACAUUUGAAGACAAAUCAGAAGUGCUGCGUUUUGAUAAUUAAAAAAAAAGUUUGCACUGUACAUAUUACAAUCAGUAAAACAUCAAACUGAUCAAAUAGGCAUGUGUCAUAUGUUGUUGGAAAGCUCUCAAAGAGUAGAAUACAACCAGCAUAUUUGUGUUACACUCAGAUAAAAAUAUAGUGAGUAAUAGCUAAUUAUAUGUCUUUGAUAAUUAUAUUGGUGUUGCUUAUAUGCAGAAUUUUCGCUUAUAAAUUCAUGAAAAAUAAACAGAACACACAAUAUGUAACGUUACUUAGAGGAGGUGAUUAUCUUUCAAACGAGCCCACACACAAGAUAAUCAGAUGCAUUGAUCAUUAGAUAAUCCACACAAACACAUUGACUCGAUGACUCAAAUGGCACAGAAUGAAACUCAUUCUGUGAAAUCUCAUGACUAAAAUCAUGUCUGCAUGCUAUGCAAACCUUUAGUCAUUGUUGUGUUUACAUGUGUAAAUAGUUUUUAUGUACCAUUCUUAUGUUUUAUUUGUAUUAUUUUGUAAUGUUAUAACUUUUGCUUUGUCGUAUCAACGCAACAUUUUUCUCAGAUACAGUUGACAUGAUUGGGAACAAAACUAAAUCAGUUUUUCGGAGACACCUUAUAUAAUGUCAAAUAAGAAAAAAUGUCAAAUUUAGGCUAAAAUGUUUUGUUGUGAUUUUUCAGCAGUUUCUUAGGCGAGUGAGAAUCUCAGAAUGUACCAUAAUCUAUAUCUAGUUUUCUUUACAAUUAAUCAAACACUUGACCCUCUUUUAUUUAUAUAGUUUUUUUUUUUGUUUUUGUGUUAUAAGCCUUUAAUUUUGGGUAUGCCACUGAAACAGGAAAUCUUUAAAAUCACCUUCAGAGCUUAAAGUCUCAAAAAUGUCACAAUUCAAUCAAAUUAAUGGUCCUGAAAAAGUAGGAUUCAUUUUCUUUAUGCAAAAUAUAAUUUAUUAUUUGUUCUCCUUUUUAUAUUUGAGAUGAAAUGUGACCUGGACAUGUUUUGAUGAGAUUCUUUCACGUUCUCUCUUUCUGAAUAUUUAACUAUUGAACAAAAAUUGUGAGUGAUCCAGAAUAAAUGAGUGAAAUAAGGGAGAGUGAACAGUUUCAGAUGUGUGAGUCAGUGCUUUUACAGCAUGUCAAUGGUGGGAACUGCCAAUUUAUCAUGGCUACAGUCUAAGUAAGCGGAAAUGAGAAAUAGAGGCUUUUCUCAUUAAUGAUUCGAUCCUGCUCGUGUGUGAUUGAUUCAUCGUGAUCUAUCGCUCAAGAUUCAUUAAACAGUUUGAGAGGAGACGUGAUGUUUGGAGUCCAAAUGUUUUCCUGGCAACAAACUGUGAGCAGUUCAUUUCCUCCUGACAGGGGCGGACUGGCCAUUGGGAGAACCGGGUGGGCCGGCCGCGAAACAGGGCCGAACGGGGCGCAAAACAGCACCGCGAUAUGCAGAAGUGUACAGGGAAAUCCAUGCACCUACCCCCCAGUGUAGUGGACAGGGAUUUACCUUCCAAUCAGUCAGGUUUACGUUAACAUGCUUUAAAACUAGUAAUACACAUCUCAGGAUCUUACUUUCACUCUUGGGUUUGUCAUUGUUUGACCUUUUUGACUGCUUGACUUGCCGGCAAAGAACUUGAUAAUUCACCUUUGGGUUCCCAGGGACUGUCAGUGUUUACAUCCAAAAUUCAUAUCACAUGUAAAAAGUUCACAUUGUGUUUUAAGUUGUUAAUUCUGUUGUUGUUGUUGUUGUUGUUGUUUUAGAUUGAAAUGUGUCUAACUUGGUGCUGUAGUUGCUUUUCGAGUGUUCUCUCCUUUUUACCGGCUUCUACACUUUAUAAAAUGUAUUAUUCUCUGUGUUUAACUUCAGAUAUGAUACAUUUAUGAAGAAGGUCAACACGAGCGUACUGAGGCACAGAUACAGAAAUCUAAAACAUUCAAAAUAAUGAAGUAGUUCCUUCAAACCACAAAUAGAUUCAGAGAUGAAGCUUGAUGUUUACUGUGAAAACUGAAAUAUCAAAAGACAUUGAACUCUCAGACUGUCAUAAGCUGGCCGGUAUCGAUUUAUUGUGUAAAUAUAUGUAUAUUUUUGUUGUUGUGCAGAUUUAAUACUUGUAAAUAAACAGAUUAA